UCAUCCAACGCGAAUCCACCCAGCUAGACCACCUCGAAAUGGCGCACCACCAGCGCGAACUCAUCGCCAAAACCACGCAGCUCUCCACCUACCGCCGCGAAGUGUGGCCCUCCCGCGAAGCCGCCGCGGAGGGAUUCAAGCGCAGCCCAUUCUACCAAGCAUGGGACCCGCGGGUGCUCUCGCGGUGGAUCGAGCACGGCCUCCGCGACCUCCCCACAGCAAUCCACCCGCUACCUGAUCAACCCCAUGCGCAGCGAGACAAAACCGAAGCCCCUCGCCCCGUGACCCUAAAAACUACCCUCCACCAGGAAGUCUUUACCUUCUCGCGGCCCAACUACGACGGACCGCCAGGGAAAGACGUGCCCGUGGACCGGACGACGCACCCGGACCUCAACCCGGCGCAUCGCGGAUCGUGGCCGUUCUACCGCCCGGAGCCAGCGCGGGUGUUUGCGAUGCUACCGCACCUCCGGCCGAGUGUGUGCUACAUUUUCGCGGGGAAGUCGGAUAUGUGUUUGCCUAGUAUGAUGGAGGAUAAGUUGCAGGCGACGGGGACGGGGCUGGGCGGGAGCGGAGGUAUGGCGGCGGGCCGUGUAAAGGAUGUAUAUCUCAAAGACUACGGGCAUCUCUUGGCCCAAGAGGCGCCGGUGCAGUGCGCGGAGGCGGCGAGUGAGUGGUUAGGUGCGGAGCUGCAGCGGUGGCGGGCCGAGGAGGCGGCCUUCCGCGAACAGUGGCACAAAAAAUCCAAGAUCGAGAAGGUCACGAUCGAUCCGAGGUGGAAGGAGCAUGUGCCGAGGGCGGAGCGGCCGAAGAAGGCUGCCAAGGAGUCGAAGCUGUGAGGGCUUGGGUUGUAUGCUUUGCGCUAGACGUGCCUACUGCGCUGCAACUCUUUGUAUUGAGCGAGGCUUGAGAGGAUAGGGAACAUAGACCGAU